GUUUGGUAUGUCACGCACAGUAUUGACCUGGUAUUUUGUUUUGUCAGUAUAUGAAGUAGUUAAUUUAUUAAGAGUAUGAUCGACUAAACAACAACAACAGCAGCACAUGAUUUAGAACAGUGAAGAUGGCAGCGGAGAGCGUACGGAAUGGUGCUCGUUCAGGGGAACCUGCUGAAAGCCAGAAUGAAGACUUUACUUCAAGAGGCUCAACUUCAAAUGGAGCACACGAGAAAAAAUAUACACAUGCAGCAGUAGAAGGAACAGCAAAUGGGGAUGUAGAUCACUCGAAAGGGAUACCCGUGGCUAUCAAUACGCACGCAAGUGCGGUUGGAGAUUCCCAAGCGGAUGCACAGAAAAACAUAGACUCAGCGACAACUAAUCAAAAAGACAAUGAUACACAAGUAAAUACGAGUACAGAUACGCAUUCAGAUGGGCCUGUAGAUACAACAACUGAAUCACCUUCAGGUGCACAUGCCGAUGUACAAGCUGAGCUCGAUACAAACAAUUCAGAAAGUCCCGAAAUUACAAUAGGAAAUGAGAGUGAUAAACGGGUUUGUGAGCUUCAUAGUAACGCAGACGAUCAAGAACAGCCUGAAGUGUUAAUCAUACGUAGCAUAAGUGAUUUAGACACCGGUACACAUGAGACGGUUAAGCUUACCGAUACUUCACAAGAUGAAGGCACAGAGGAUAUAGGUUCACAUGCAGGCCAUGCAGAGGCAGAUGCAAACAUUGGGAACCAUAGAAACGAUUUUUCUGCAGGCAAGGUGGUGAUAGUGCGUAAGCGAAGUAACUUGCACGCAGGAUCACACCAUACGCAUACGGGCGGUCACCAUCACCAUAAAAGUAGUCGCCAUACCAAUACAAACCACACGCAACCAAAUGCUAAAGGAAAGGACAAGGCUGAAGGAGAUGCGGGACAAACAGCAACAGGUGCUGAAGCAAAGGAGGACAAUAGUAAGGAGUUAGCGGGUGGCAACAACGAAGGUGUACCCAUAAGUCGUACAUUACAUAACAGCGCAGAUAGAGAACCUGAGCUGCAGCGUGUUGAAAGCCAACAAAGUCAUGGUGGAGAGAUCGGAAACUUACUAAAGGUACAGACAUCGACGGGACAGCUAAGCGGGCCUUCGUCAGAUGUAUCGAUGCAGCGAUCGUUCAGUCUGCGAAAGGUCAUGCAUGAUUCCCACAAAGAGAAGCUAGGACAUCGCAAAACGGAUAACAACACGGGCAAAGUCACGUACAAGAAGACGAACUCGCAGGAAUUGAUGGACUGCAUUCAAUUAGGUAUGUGGUAUUGA